AUGAGCAAACCUAUAACCAACCUCAAAACCAACAUGCAUAUGGCGGCCAAAGGGAGGUUAAAAGGAGAUACAAGGCCAUCACACGAAACAAGGCGGCCACCACUUGGGAAUGACACAGGAGGGUUAUUAAAACAAUUCGGUCGAAGAAAAUCUCAAUUGGCCCGAGUGGAUUUGAAGAAAUUCAAUCCACACAUUUCUCUCGGCCAUACCGCGCACAAGGAGAACCAUUACGGCCAACUCCUAAACGGCGUGACCGAAGUCCACCAAACUUCACAGGCGACCAUAAAAUCACAUUUUGGUCGGCAAAUCCAAAAGAUAGGACGGAGAAAUCAUCACGGAUCAUGA